GACUUUUAGGACUGAAAAAUAGAGAAAAAAUAGAGGUUUUUAUAGUUCAAUACCACCCCAAAAAACAGCCCCAAAGUAGUGUGCAAAGAUGGUGAAGUAAGUGUGCAAAAACUAAUACAAAAGAUGAGAGGUGCUUACCCUUGUAGCACAGUAGCAAAAGGGCCUCUUUCUUGGCUCAAAUGACCUUCUAUCAGCCCAAAAAUCAAUUCCAAGAGACCUCAGCCCAUGGAUAUGCAACUUUGACGAAGGAUGCCUAGGCAAACUAGUGAUAUUUCUCUACUUCUAUGCCCUUCUAUGCACAAAAGGGGAAGAGAAAGUGAACUAUAGAGAGAGAGGCAGAGAUUUGGGUCUAAAAAUUCUAGAGAGAGAAGCUCCCAAACUUGCUCAAGAAGUUCUCCCCUUGAAAAUGAGAUAUUUGGCUUCAUAUAUAGCAAUUCAAAGCUUUUGGUCGAAAUAUCUGAACUGGGGGCUUGUGCAUGACAGCUGGAGGUAAAAGAUCUGCAAAAAAAUAUGAGUUUGGGACCUGCAAACCACUUUUUUGGUCUGCAGGAAAAUUCUGCUUUCCAGGUCCAACUUCAAAUGGCCAUGACUCCUUCAUAUGGACUCAUUUUCAGGUCAUUCUUGUGUCCAAAUUGAAACCCCGGAAGUAAGCUUUCCAAUGGUGGAAUCUUUGUAUCAAAAAUCCAACUGUGCAAAAAGUUAUGCAUGUUUUGGUGAAGCCGCUCAGUUUCAAUCCUUCCCCGAUUCAUGUCGAACUUCUCCUCAACUAGUUUUCUUCCCUCUCCUCUUCUUUUCUUCCACUCCAAACCCCUAAGCAAGGUGUUUUGAAAGAUUUUUCAAAGAUUUUAUCUCUCUUUCAUUCAUUUCCACUUUGUCCUUGCUCGGUUUACCGAAAAACGCAACAUUUAACGAAAUGCGAGCGUCGGAACAUCGUAGGAACUUUAUUUUUAAAACAUUUUGAAAGAGAGCGUUUCAAGGUCUAAAACCUUUUGUUCAAGAUUGUUUUGGUCCAAAGGGGGUAUGAAGUUGGGAUUUGACUCUCUCCUUACUGAAGAAAUUGAACCUUUGUCUUGCACACCUUUCAACACCAAGUAAACCAUCAAUAGUGCCCAAGUCUUAAGGGCAGUCAAAAAUGGGGUGUCUACAAUGUGAUAUAGCCGUGUUAUUCAUGUUGAAGCUGCCUGCCAAACUUGGACUUUUGAAAUCUUUUACUUAUGUUAUUGUUGGAACUGUACUAAAACAGGAUGGUUGUGUCUGCAUGUUUGAAACUUGUACGAUGUUUUUUUUUUCUUGCUAGCUAUGAUUUUGUAAUGGUUUGCAUGUUUGUCUUAGACGCGAUGUCUGAAUGGUUGUCAGUUUUUGUUGGAAUGGAAUUAAAUGUUGUGUUUGAAUUAAAUGUUGUGUUUGGGAAACUGUUACGGUAGUUUCACGUCAUCUUUUCAGGCUGUGUUAGCAAUGGCUUAUGCUGUGUUUAUAGUCCCCUUGCUCAGGAUAACGACCAGGUUUACUAUUUGUUUAAUUCAUUUCAUUAUGCGGUAGUCAUGACAUUGGUGACGGCAUUUUUUAACAUUAACAAUGAUGUUGCCUUAUGCUGUACUUGGAAACUAUUAUAUCAUUUUAGUUCAUGCAUCACGUGCAAACUGAUUGAAACAAUGCCACUCUUUUAGGUUUCGCGACAACAACGACGUGAUGAAUCCCUGGGAUGGAAGCAACAAUGACGAGUUAAGGGAAAUGCUUAAUGGAAUGGCCGUACAGCUGCAACACGAACACAACUGGACAUUUCUACAAGCAUGCCAAUAUGUCACAGAGUAGUACCAAAAACACAUGGCUAAAACACCAUGUCGCACUUCUAUACUGACCGGGAAUGCAUGGAUAUCCGAACUAUAUGCAGGCCAUAUGGGUCGAUUUGAGGAAAAUGUUUGCAUGCCGAAGGAAGUUUUUGCCGCUUUGUGUGAGACAUUAGUAAAUGAUUUUGGGUUACAAGUGCCGCAACGUCCACAUGGCUUAGCUGUUGAAGAAAGCGUUGAGAUGUUUAUCCAUGUCUUGAAAGGGAAGCAAAAUCGGGAAAUCCAAGAACAGUUCCAACAUUCGGGGGAGACUGUGUCUCGGCACGUGCAUAGCGCAUUUGCUUCUAUGAAAGAGUUCACAGUUGUUCAUUGCCGGCCCACAUAUAGUCAGCAUCGUAUACAUCCAUACGUGCGGUCUAAACGAAAAUACCUACCGUUCAAGGACUGUAUUGGAUCAAUAGACGAAACACAUGUAAAUGCAUGGGUUAUGGGGCUAGAUGCGGCAACAUAUUUCGGUAGGAAAUACUAUCACACGCAAAAUAUCAUGGCCGCGUGCGAUUUUGACAUGUGUUUCAUCUUCAUUUCGUGCGGAAGGGAAGGAAGUAUGCAUGAUAGUCGCAUCUUCAACAAGAAAUUAACAAAUGACAAUGUCUCAUUUCCACAUCCUGAUGAAGGUAACACGGUGCCAUGAAUUCUGCAUCGAUGGGGCUAUAAUUUUUUGUGACACAGUUGCCUCUGAAAAUUAAGCACAAUGUUUGUUUUUGGUGUCAUACAUUGUUGUCCUGUCUGCAGAAAAAUAUUAUCUUGUUGAUUCUGGCUAUCCAAACUGGAUAGGUAGCACCAUUCAGAGGCAGCGUUACCACCAACAAGAAUUCCGACGUAUUCUACGGAACACGACAACAAACACGCUAAGGGAAUUAUUUAACAAAGUUCACUCGUUGUUACGCAGUGUGAUGGAACGCACUUUCGGUGCCUAAAAAAAUCGAUGGGGUUUAUUCGAAACAUGCCUCGGUAUGACUUUGCAAAUGUGCAAAUUCAGUUAGUAGGUGCGUCAAUAGCAUUACAUAAUUAUAUACGACGAAACACAAGUAAUCCAACAACUGUUCACCCAAUCUGUGACGAGGAAGAGGCAAUGACAAUAGUAAAUGCCAUACCAGAAGUUGAACAUGCUGAGCAUGGUUUAAUGGUUGGGGAUGAGGACCCGCAUAUGGCAUUGGUGCGCCUUCGCAUACGCGACAAAUUAUGUUACAUGCGUAACAACGAAAUGUUAGGAAAUAUAUAAUAUUAGACCUAAUUUUCGUAGGGUUGUAACAUUGGUAACACACGUGGAACAGACUGUAUUCAAAUUUAUUAUCAUGUACAAAUAGAAUGUGUUUACACGGGAAUAUACUCCCUUUCUGUUGGUGACGAAUGCCUAACUUUGAAAAACCAAAAAUCAUAGGAAAAAGUCUUUUCAAAAAAGAAAACAAGGUGAAACAAAUAAGAAAAAAAAAAAAAAUUAAUA